AUGCCGACAGUCAGCGUAGACAAAGCAGAUCUUUGGGCGCGCCUGGGAAGAGAGUACACGACUGAAGAGUUCGAUAAGUUGUGCUUCGAUUAUGGACUAGAGCUUGACGAAGAUACUACUGCAGAGGUGGAGGAGGCGAUUAAAAAAGGCUUGCCUGCUGAGCGACCACAAUUGAAAAUCGAGAUCCCUGCCAAUAGAUACGAUCUUCUUUGUAUAGAAGGCAUCGCUCGUGCUCUGCGUGUUUUUCUACAACUAUCGGAAGCACCGAAAUACAAACUUGCAUACCCUCCAUCUGGCGAGGCAGGCCUCUUGACGGUUACUAUAGAUAAAGAGACAGAAAAAAUCAGACCUCUCUUCGCCUGUGCCGUCCUACGAAACAUCAAAUUUACUCCAAGCUCCUACGCAUCCUUCAUAGAUCUACAGGACAAACUGCAUCAAAAUAUCUGCAGACGGCGCCAACUUGUUGCCAUUGGAACUCACGAUUUGGAUACUCUGACACCUCCUUUCCGUUACGAAGCGAGGCCUCCCAAAGACAUUAAAUUUGCCCCUCUGGGAAAAGACAAGAAGUAUACCGCGGAAGAGCUGAUGACUCUGUAUGAUUCGGAAAAGCAUUUGGCUAAAUACCUACACAUUAUCCGUGACUCUCCUGUCUAUCCCAUUAUCUACGAUACCAAAGAUCAGGUCCUUUCCAUGCCUCCUAUCAUUAAUUCUGAUCACAGCAAAAUCACCUUGGACACCCGGAAUGUCUUCAUCGACGUCACCGCAACUGACCAGACUAAACUGGAUAUUGUAGUCAACAUCGUCGCGACAAUGUUUGCAGAGUAUUGUGCGGAACCCUUCACGAUCGAACCUGUCAAGGUAGUGUUGCCAAACGGACAAACUCGCAUCUGUCCAGAUCUCUCGGGACGCGAAAUGACCGCGCGCGCCUCAUAUGUUAAUUCAUGCACAGGUCUCUCGCUUUCAUCUCAAGAGGUUUCAACACUUCUCACUCGCAUGGCCUUGACCACCUCCGUCUCUCCAUCCAAUCCUGACGAAAUUCAGGUGCACAUUCCUCCAACACGGCCUGACGUUCUGCACGAGUGUGAUAUCAUGGAGGAUGCAGCUAUUGCAUACGGGUUCAAUAACCUUCCCGAUAAAUUCCCUGCGACCAGUACAGUCGCACAGCCGUUGGCUAUCAGCAAACUGAGCGACGUUAUCCGUACUGAAUGGGCAAUGGCUGGUUGGAUUGAAGUUCUCCCUCUCAUUUUGUGCUCACACGAGGAGAACUUUGAGUGGCUGAACCAUGAAGACGACGGGAAUACGGCCGUGAAGAUCGCCAAUCCCAAAAGUCUCGAAUUCCAAGUCGUCCGGACGACGCUUGUUCCAGGUCUGCUUAAGACGAUUCGCGAGAAUCGUUCGCAUGCUCUGCCGAUCAAGAUCUUCGAGACAUCUGAAGUCGUCUUCAAAGACACCACGCGGGAACGCCAGGCGCGCAAUGAGCGCCAUGCCGCCGCUGUUCUCUGUAAUAAGUCUGCUGGAUUCGAGAUUGUGCACGGGAUGUUGGAUCGUGCAAUGAAGAUGCUUGAAAUUCCUAGGAUAUCGAGCACCGAUUACAAGGCGGAGACUGGUUAUUAUAUCAAAGAAACCAGCGAUCCUAUGUAUUUCCCAGGACGUGCUGCUAACGUUUUCUACCGACCAGCUCCUGCAAAGAAUGGCAAGAUUGCGUCCGUCAAAAAGGGUAUCGAAGAUGCUUUGCACAUCAGCCACGACCUGAACAUUGGAAGCCUUGGCAUACUCCACCCUACCGUAUUGGAAAAAUUCGAAAUUGGAUUCCCUUGCUCAGCAUUGGAAUUCACUCUUGAACCUUUCAAGAAGAAGAUGUCAAAAGUGUGGACCAAUGAGGAUUGA